GGCUUAAUUGGGAAACCAGGGUGAGUCAGGACAAAUUCCCAAUUGUGUGAUAAAUGGUGUCCCAAUUGUAAGAUAAUUCUGGAAUAAACAAGAAUAUAUUAUAUGUUGUAAAGUUGAGUACAGAAAUGAUGAUGGGAAAAACCAGAACCAUUGGUGGUGCAAUUAUCAGACUUAAUGGUAUAUCAAUCAAAAGUCAGUGCCGUAGCAAGUUCGAUAAUUGGGGGGGGGGGGCUCAUAUUCAUAUAUUCAUAUUCACAGUCCAUAAAAACAAUCAAUUUCAAAAGAAAUUAAUAACGCAGAACACGAAUAUAUGAAUAUGAGCCUCCCCCAAUUAUCGAGCUUGCUACGGCACUGAAAGUGGCCCUAAACGUUGGCCAUGAUACAAGGUAGAAAUUACCUUCCCAUUUCAAGGACUAUGAGUGCAAGGAUUGUCAGAACAUAGUUAGAAGUAAUUGCCAGAUUGCCUCCAGUGCAUUGAUACAGUAUUUCUGGUUUUCCAAAUUGUUUAAUUAAGGCUAUGAUAGGAGUUAUGUGCCACCUGAGCUUCUAUAUUACCCUUACAAUCCUGUGCCCCCCUCCCCCAACAAUGUGUUGUUAAUGGCCAAUGUAAUGUCUUUUCAUCAUACAGCAACAUUACUUAGGGGAGGGGGGGGGGUAUACUUUGUUAUUUACAGGUAUUUUGGGAAAUAUUUGAAUGCUCCAAAAGUCUUGUCAUUGAUUUAAUUGAUAGCCUUGUAUGCAAAGUUUUAAGUUGGCACAUAUUACACAAAACCUGGAGUUAAUAGCACUUUAUAAAGUAAUUUAUAAAUAAAAAAAUUUGUAGUUUCUGCAACCAAAUUGUGAAAUACACAGGUUGCUAUUAAAGGCAUCCAACACUCUAGAAUUACGAAUACCUUCGAUUUGUUGUUAAUCGAAUUAAAUGAGUGCUUCUCUCAGUUCUCUGGCACAAUAAGACUUUUCGCCUUUUAAACAUUUAUGGAUUGUCCUGUAAUGGUGGUCUAAACCAUCUUGAUCAUAGCAAGAUAAAUUAUACUGACAUUCUUCAUGCGGACAAGGGAGUUUAUCAGCUAAAAACGCUCUGUGGUGUAUAUUAAAAUAGUCUUUCCUCUUUUGUUGUCAAAUUGUCCGCCAUUUUGUCUCUGUAAUCUGCCAGUCGUUAUUUUUUCCCUCGCCUUCCCUUUUCCCCUUGCGCGCGUCCACCUUUGGUACUGAUCUAUAUAUAUAUAUAUAUAUAUAUAUAUAUAUAUAUAUAUAUAUAUAUAUAUAUAUAUAUAUAUAUAUAUAUAUAUAUAUAUAUAUAUAUAUACCGGGUGUCCCAAAAAAAAGUACUCCAGUUUGAUUCGUAAUAACUUCUAAACAAGUAAAGCUUUUAAAGAGAAAUAACUUCCAUCAAAUAGAGGAAGGACUAACUUAGAUUUUGGUAUAUUACAGUUGUAUUUCACUUAAAAAUUCACGGAAAUAUUAAUGUUUAAAAUCAGGAUCAUAAUUCUGGAGGUGUCUGAAAUAUGCAAAAAACGGCGUAUCAAAUAUUAAUCAAGAUUUGCCCGACUGAAACAUGCACUAUUACCAGUAAAUAAAUCAACAUUUGACAAAUUGUUUAUUAUGAAACAAAGUAUUAUUAUCUACAAAAUACAAGAAAGAUUUAUUCGUCCGAAAUCCGCGUGUGUUCCUAGCACGAAUACGUUUCUUAUUUCAUGAGACUACUGCAUCGCAAAGGAUCGUCAUGGAUUGUUCGUAGUUCUGAAUUAGGGCAUGCUGUCACAAUGGAAUUGUGAAUUUUCUAACUUCACAUUGAAUGAAUUUUCUAACUUCUGCAACGUUCUGAAAUCUUGUAAUAAGGACACCCAAACUCUUUUGCCUUUCUUAAUCUUGGCAAGUUAAGAAUAAACUGAGAAUGAAACACAAUCAAACCAUGCAUACAACUCCAUAAAGACAUAACAAGCAACUCCCCAGAGACAUCCAACAUUUUUGGAACAAAACGUAACAAAAUAGUAGCGUUGAUACUGAUGUGCAUUGGCAAAAAGCAAUAUUAUUACCUUCAUUAAAGAAUAAUAUUCAUCCUGCUCUAACCAAGAAAUAAUCAACUUUGUUUUGAACCCAUGAAAAACAUAAAAAAUUAGGCUAUUUAAGAAAAAUUUAAGCACCUGCCUUGCAUGGUCUUUCGUGUACCUUUAAGUUUGCAAAGACCUAUUAAAUACUUGCAUAAUUUCGAACUUUUAUAUUUCAGGAAACAAUGAGUUAAGACUUACAUGUGAGAUGUCUAAAUCUACGCCAUAUCCCUUACAAACCCUAACGACAAUUCGCUGAAAUACAAGUUAACCUGAUAUGUCAUUAAGCAAACAAACGCUGGAGUUAUUAUUUGAUAUGCCAAUUUUCGCUAAUUUUAGACACAUCCCAAAAUAUGCUCCCGAUUAUGAACAUUAAUAUCUCCGUGAAUUUUUAAGUAAAAUACAACUGUAACAUAUCAAAAUCUAAGUUAGUCCUUCCUCCAUUUAAUGGAAGUUAUUUUUGUUUGAUAGCUUUACUUGUUUAGAAGUUAUUAUAAAUCAAACCGGAGUACUUUUCUUUGGGACACCCGGUAUAUAUAUAUAUAUAUAUAUAUAUAUAUAUAUAUAUAUAUAUAUAUAUAUAUAUAUAUAUAUAUAUAUAUAUAUAUAUAUAUAUAUAUAUGGAUAUAUUACUAUUUGUCCCUAUAAAAUUGAAAUUCAAAUAACGACUGGGGACGAGUCUGGGGUUUCCCCACAUGCAGUGCAGGAGGUAACACUUAUCACUGAUGAAAUACAAAAAGCAGUUGAAAACAAGAAAUAUUCUUGUGAAAUUCUUUGGCACAGUAAAUCAUGAUAUCCUGAUAAAAAAUUAGAAUGUAACUGAAUUUGUGGAAUUGUCAACAAUUCUUAAAGUUCUACUACAAUGAUAUUUCUGACCCACAUUUUUUUAGCUUGAUUAAAAGUGCCGUUCUUCCUGACCUGCUUACCAUGCACAAACGGAAUUGAAAUUGAUCAAUACAAACCAAUUUAUAGCAUUCCAAAGAAGCCAUUUUUGGCACUUCCUGUGCGAACUUUUGAUCGGCCAUGUUGAUGCCGUGUGACGUCAUAAGAUGAACACGACUUUAUCAUCUAUACUGGCGAAUUAUAGUGAAACCAACAAACGCGACAGAGACGAAGGCCGUGUUUCUGGCAGUUCUAACUUAGAUUAUUGCAUGAAUUCUGAAUUUCUGAAGGAAUACCCAUGCAUCUCUUUCCCAAUUUGCAAAGAAACCGAUCCUCAGAGUGAUUAAAAGUUGGUAAAUUUUGUUCGUUAUUAAACUUUGACCGCAUUUUCACGCGUCAGUGAACCUUGUAUUUUGAUUGAGCCUUUUCGAAGACUUGGUAUAUUUUACAAAACCAAGAAAAAUGGAAAGAAUAAUGAAGGGAAAAACUGUUUAUGUAAUUUUUUCGUAAAUUUCUCUAAAUUUUAGCUACAAUUAUUAGUUUGUAAUCAGUGUCACACAAAUAUUUUAUUUUCUUUCCUUCCUUUUCAACCGGGAUUAAAUCAUUUUCCGACUGACUGACGACUGGAGGUGUUCCAAACACCACAACCCCGCCCACGCCCCAUUUAGCGCAACCCAACCCAAGCCUGUUCUGACUUUGUAAGACGGAAUGUCGAGAAUGUGAGAGGAUAUAAGAACGCAGGCAGAUGCAGCUUUUUCAACAGGGUUGACUUUUACUAAUCAUUACUAAUCAUUAGAUUAAAAGUGCCCAGUUCAUCUGAAAAUCUUCUUCACUACUUGGGCAAGCACAGGGCCUACUGGGUAAAUGCCCCAGUAGUUAUAAAGUUAAAAAAUGCCUUGAAGUAAAUGUCUCUAUCACUUCGCCUAUUGAAGCUGUUAGGCAUCUGGUGCAUUAUCGUAUGUCAAAGCCGACUUAGCCGAGUCCAUACUCGAAGUUGACUAUCGGAUGCAGUACUGUCCCUACUAUUUGAGUUACUAACCGUCAUACCGCCGUCAAAUAAACAAUUUGAUUUUUAAUCAGUUAUCUGCGCCAUGAACAAUUGAAUAAGCAACAAAAUUCCGAACCAUAUAAUUUACUACAAAUAUGGCCUUCAUAUAUUCGUUACCGUUCGUCUUAUGACGUACGUACGUCACACGGCAUCAGCAUGACGAUUGAAACGUUUGCACGUGAUAAGCAACAUCAGAGGUCAAAUUUGACAACUUCUAGGCAUUGCACUGUCGUCAAAUAUUAAUAGUUUAAAAAAUGUAUUUGGAAUAGGUUUAACCAGGCGCGGAUCCAGUGGUUUUGUUGACUGAUGCACUAAACCUCGUAUUUGUAGGGGGGUCCGGGGGAAUCCUCCCCCGGGAAAUUUUGAAAUCUAGGACCUCGGAAAUGCGAUUUCCUGCGUUCUGAGGGAGCUUUUCUUCGACGUUCACACAUCAAAAUCGAAACGUAAUUUGCUGGAUUUUCGGGAAAAACCCCGUAAAAAAUCGGCCUUAUAGAGUGAGAACAACAUAAUCAUGUGAGUUUUAAAAUAAAUUGAAAACAUUUUUACGCGGAGUUUUAUCAGAUCGGAACUUGACUAGCCUUAUUUAUUUGAUCCUAUUUGAGUGAGGAUUAUAGAGUAGCAAAGUUGUAGCUAUAAUUUACAAUUUUACAUACAAGUGUACACUACUUACAUGUACACAGCAUACUGAUAGAAUAAUUGAAAGCAAAACCACAGACAUUUUUUUAUGUAAAAUAUGGUGCAAAUGACAUGAAAAGCUGAUCAGGGUUGUGUUUCUUAUGCAAAAUAGAUAAGAAUACUUCAAGCAAACUAUUAUAUUUAUUGCCAAUGAUAUCACUUCCUGUAACUUAUCACUUCCUGUUACCAGUUAACACCAAUCAAUAUAACAAUGUUCCAGGUCAAAUACCUUCCAGCAGCACCACCAUGACAUAAAUUCCAGUUAAAUUAUUUUAAUAAUCCAGGAUUAAUUCCAGGGCAACUUUGAGUUACUGUAUAUGAAGGUCCUCUCUGGAGCUAGUCACUCUAAUAUUUAUGGAUGCAUUUAUAUCCAACAUUUUGACAAAUGCAGUUUGAAUUUUUAAAUACUGUAAGAUUAUCAAAGUAUUCAAGGGGUUAGGUAAUAGUUUUCAUUGUUGCUGAGCAGUUAAUAAUAAAAAUAAACAAUUACUGAAACUAUUUGCAGAAAAUAGAUUAUUCUAAUCUAUUGUAUUUGAAGUCUGGAUAUCUACAAUACAUUGACCAAUAUAUCUCCACAGAUUUUGCAUUGAAUCCCAAAUUACAGUACAUUCAGGAGAGUGUCUAGGACUACUGUAUGUAUCCAAAACUGCUGUUUCAAGAUAUUAAGGAUAGACAGGGAGAAGUGCAUGUUAUGGACUUGGUAGGUAUCUGAUUGCAUGAGCAGGAUUGACAAGCUUCAGUAACAGUGGCAGUGCAGUAUAUUGUGAUCAACUCAAUUAGUACAUUGACUUAUCAAUGAAAGUGAGAUAAUUUAUCAAUUUAUACAUUAAUGUAUUCUAUGCAAUGACCUUUUGUUGUAUUGAAAAUAAAUGAUAGAAUGAUCAGAACAGUAAUUUGGUCCCAUAACUGCUAAUUAGACUGGUACAUUUAAAAUGAACACCUUGUGCUGAGCCAUGGUCAUGAGAAUGGUAUAAUUUAAAGGCAUAUGAACAAUGCCAGGAAAAGCAUCACAAAUUUAAGGGGCCGAACUUGAGAGAGCCCAGCUAAAUUUAUUCCCUUCCUAAACAUGUGAAUCCCCUUUAUUUUCAGCAUCACAAUAAUUUGCCGGUCACCCCCUGUGCCUCUCCCCUCACCUUGGCAGGGGCAACCCUGAUACAUGUAAUGCCAUUUAGUGUGAUUGAUGGCUUCUGGUACUAGGUGAUGAUUCUGGAACAAUAGAGAUAAUAUAUAACUGAACUAAUCUCACUAUCACCAAACAUUGCCCUUUCAAGAGCUUCCCAUUUCCAAAAUGAUGCACAUACAGGGAUGGAUUUGGAUAUGGGAGGGAUCUAAUUAGGUGCCGGUAUUGAUGUCGGGUGUGAGCAUCAACCAAGGCAUGGUGUUUAAUCAUACAGAUAGCAGUGUUUUGGGGAAACAGCACCUAACAAGUAACCGGCCAAGUCACCGGCAGGUGCCAGGAAUAUAGCUGCUAGUAAGGGUUGCAGGAUCCUAGACAGAGUUCCUUAGACUAUCAAGCAUCUAGAUUCAAUUUGCAAAUUUCAAACAAAUUAAGACACAACCUCCACCCCCCCCCCUCCCCCCCUACACACACUAUAUAAUGGCUGAAUGGCAUAUUGAGUGUUUAUAUGUGAACAGCCAAAACAGGAUCAUCCAUGUUAACAUAUUUAAAACAGUUCAAAUAUAGUAAAUUUUGUAAAAUUGUGAUAUUUAUACUACGACAAAUAUACCUAUACCUACAGUAUUUAUUAUAAAUAUCAACACACAGUCACACACAGACUCACUCGUUUAAAUCUACAUCUAUAAACACAGUACACAGAUCCCAAACAUUCCCUUGUGAAAUUACUGAAAUAGCUGACAAACCUUUUAAUUUCGACGGCUUUGAGGCUCAGUGAGUUUGAGUGAACCACCAAAGAUCGUAAAAUAUUUCCAUACAAUGCGACAUUGUUAUUUCGACGGUUUGAGGCUCAGUGAGUUUGAGUGAACCACCAAAGAUCGUAAAAUAUUUCCAUACAAUGCGACAUUAAUACUCCCGCCAUUAUAUAACAAUUCCAUCAUAAAAUUUAUCACUGACUGUUCUGAUUGCGGGCGAAAUGCAUCAGUCAAAAGCGCAUUAUUUUGAUCGCGGGCUAAACGCAUCAGUCAGCAUCCAUUUCCCAACGUUACGUAGGCAUGAAAACAAUGGUUUUCGUGACGUGUCGUUGGGAAAACUCGGCCAAAGGACUCGGGACCGAUGCGCCACUGAUGCACUUUUCUCCCCAACGUGACGUAGUGAUGUACUGCCGGCCCCAACGUGGCGUAGUGAUGCAUACACUGAACUGUAAUAACAGUGGAUGCAUCAAACUAAACACCGACAUAUGUGGCGAAAUAAAGUCGCGACACAAAAUCGUACAACUUGAUAAGUGCGAAAUUUGAUAUGCGUUUACGUUUUUCAUAAUAAUUUGCGAAAUAUAGCUUUGUUUACAUUCAUUCCUGUGAAAAUAUAUUGUUUUAAAGGACUUUGGAUCAAAGACAAACAAUAUUUAAAUAUAUUUUAAUAAAAUGUUGACAAUUCUCGUUCGUGUGAAAAUUUUGACUGAUGCAUUCGCAUCAGUUGCAUCAGUCUGGAUCCGCGCCUGGGUUUAACCUAAUUUUUAAGUUCCCUGUUUAAGAAAUAGAAAACAUACGAAUCUUCUCAUUUCAUGGGAAUAGCCUGCACGAGUCUGCAAUCACGACUUCAAUUUUUGAUUUUAGCUUAUUAAGCUAUUUAGUGAAUGUAUUAAUGGACCAUUAUUAUUAUAUUAUUCUUAUUAAAUAGUUAAAUCGUAAAAUAUUCAGCAUGAGUGAAUUUACUGUAUGAGUAAAUUGUGAACGUCCAGAAUUAUCAACACAAUAAACUCGCAACAAAUUUUGAGCCCUAAUCCUAAUUCUAACAUAAUCCUAAGCUUACCCUCAUCUAAUCUUUGUCUGACACGAAUCUAAACUUGAUCACCUCUUUUUGAUUUUUUUUUUAAUAAUCUUAGUAACUAAAACGCGUUGUGCCUUUGGCUUGAGCAAACGUAUUAUAACAAUCCGAAGCAAAUAGUUGGACUUGAGCAAAAAGUAUUAUAACAAUCCGAGCAAAUAAUGGCAUCUACGUUUUGUGUGAUAAUCUUGGUCUUAUCUAUCGGAUUAUACAACAUUUACAACCUAAAUUACGUUCAAAACAGUCUUAUAAUUCAUGCUCGAAGACAUAUAGCUGCACAGUGGAACACAAACAAAAUCGUAGGCAAAAGGUGGUCAUGCGCUCGGGUUUGUUAUUACAGCAAUACAACUGCCUCGAAGCAAAUUCUCUUGCUUUCAGGGGAUAUCGAAAGGAAUCCCGGUUGGGAAGAAGAUAGUAGCUGUGACAGCUUUUUGCAGGAAUUCGCAAGGCAAAUAAGUCAUCGUCGAAAUACUUUAAAUAUUGCACAUAUAAAUAUACGAAACUUGAGACAUAAAGUCGACGAGGUAAGACUGCUUCUACAGAUAUGCCAUUUAGAAAUAUUGGCUAUUACCGAAACACACCUUGACAGUAAGAUAUCAAACCAACAGUUAGAAGUUGAGAAUUAUAAGAUCUUUCGAAGAGAUAGAGAAGGAAAACAAGGAGGCGGAUGUCUUAUUUAUUUAAUGAAUAAUAUUUGUGCAAUCAGGCUUAGGUCUUUGGAGGCGACCGAAAUCGAACAGAUAUGGUUACGAAUUAGUAGUGAUUCUAAUAAGGGGUUUAUUUGGGAGUUAUAUACAGACCACCAGAUAGUACAACUUUCUUCGAGAAUUUUGAUAGAAAUUUAGAAAAAGUAUGGCU